CAACUGCCAAAGUGCAUAUUUUUCCACAUUUUCUCCAGACUCUGUUCUCAACACUCUAUAGCGCUGGUCUCGCUAUUAGUAAUACCCUACUCAUGUCGAUAUCGGAAUCACGACUUUUCUCAACUUUCACAGCCCACAGCGCGCUUCUGCCGGCACUAGUCACUUGUAUAUUCACGAACCACCAUACGCACAUUCUCAGAUUUACUUCCGAAGAGUACUUUCAGACAUCGUGUUAGCUUUCGUUUGAGCGAUCGCGGCUCUCUAUCAAUAUGUCACCAUCGACUUCGAAUGGCGCUUUGCAACCCCCCAAAAAGACCAUUGUAGCGCCUCUCCCGAAUCCAUCACUCCAAGUCACUGCAGACCACCAAUUGAAGCAAGUUGAGGCACCGGUGUACCCCCCGGGUCCGGGAGAGGUACUUCUACAUAUCAAGGCAACUGGUGUUUGCGGAUCUGACAUCCACUUCUGGAAAACCGGACGGAUAGGUUCUCUUGUGGUUGAGGGCGACUGCAUACUUGGUCACGAGGCGUCUGGCGUGGUUCUUAAAUGCGGAGAGGGAGUCGCAACCUUAAUGCCAGGUGACCGUGUAGCAGUUGAGCCUGGUGUACCUUGUGGACAAUGCUUUCUAUGCAUGGAUGGACGAUACAACCUCUGCGAAGACGUGCAAUUCGCAGGCGUAUACCCAUAUCAUGGAACGAUUCAAAGAUUCAAAAUUCACCCCGCAAAGUGGUGUCACAAACUCCCAGACAACGUUACAUUCUCUGAAGGUGCCCUCCUUGAGCCUCUCAGCGUUGUCAUGCACGGCAUCAAAUCCGCCGGUCUCUCCCUCGGUCGCGGGGCAGUGAUAUGCGGUGCUGGACCUAUCGGACUAAUCGCGCUUGCCGCGGCACGGGCAUCCGGUGCUCACCCCCUCGUUAUCACUGAUCUUGAACCACGUAGACUCGACUUUGCGCAGAAGUUUGUGCCUUCGUGUAUGACAUACCAAGUCGAUUUGUCACUUGACGCCAAGGGGAAUGCGAAGAAUAUAAGAAAGUUGUUUGGCAUGGAGGAGUACUUUCUGCCAGAUACUAUAUUAGAGUGUACAGGGGUUGAGAGUAGCGUUGUUACCGCCGCAUAUACCGUGAGGAGGGGUGGAAUAGUCAUGGCUAUUGGAGUUGGAAGGCCCAUAAUGAAUAAUCUUCCUUUUAUGCAUCUAUCUUUAGCAGAGAUCAGCCUGAAAUUCAUCAACCGAUACCGUGACACCUGGCCUGGUGGCUUGCAGUGUUUGGGAGGCAAGAUACUGGAUUUGAAACCUUUGGUGACACAUAUCUAUCCGUUGGAGAAGGCGUUGGAUGCUCUGCAUACUUGCUCGCACUUGAGCAAUGGGAGUAUUAAGGUGCAGAUUGUUGAUGAUGUUGACGUGGUGUUUUGAUGGUUGAUGCAUUUCUUAAGCGGGGGUUCGAGUGAAGAGAGUUAAACUGUGGAGAAGAAAGGGC